AUGGGCUUUUACUACUCCCAAUUCCUCGUCAGACCGAGCUACCCCACGAACUCAUUUGCGGGCCAAACUGUACUUGUGACAGGAGCCAAUGUCGGCCUGGGCCUUGAGGCUACUCGCCACUUUCUCCGACUCCAAGCCGCUAGGGUGAUCCUAGCCGUCCGGAAUGUGGCAGCGGGGGAAGACGCCAAGCAAGAGCUGGAAUCAUCCACUGGCAGGGCCGGGGUGUGUGAGAUCUGGGAGUUGGACCUAGCCUCAUAUGCCUCUGUCCAAGCGUUUGCCCAAAAGGCCGCCCAGUUGCCUCGGAUCGACGUCGUAGUCGCUAAUGCCGCCAUUGCAACGACCAACUUCAACCUGGCCGAGGGCCACGAACGGACCAUCACUGUGAACGUCAUCAGCACCAUUCUUCUUGUCUUGCUACUGUUUCCUAAGCUCCGGGAGACAGCCAAGAAGUACCCUGAGGCCCCCCGUCCUCGGCUGACCGUUGUGGUCAGUGAGACCCAUGCGUGGACCCCGUUUCCCGAGUACAAGGCGGCGAAUACGUUCGAAGAGCUCGACAAUCGGGCGACGGCGGACAUGGUGAACCGAUACGCCAGCUCCAAACUUAUGGAGAUUAUGAUUCUGCGAGAGAUAGUGGAUCGGGCGUCGGAUGCCGAGCAGCAUGUGGUGGUUAAUAUGGUGAAUCCAGGCCUGUGUCAUUCGAAGCUGGCUCGGGAGACUGGGUGGGGCUUCUGGUUGUUCAAGCAACUUGUUGCUCGCUCCACGGAGGUGGGAAGCCGAACUUUGUUGGCCGGAGCAUCUGCAGGGGCUGAAAGCCACGGCAAGUACAUGACUGAUGGCAAAGUCGCUGAUACUGCUUUAUCCGCAUUUGUCCGUAGCCCGGAGGGGAAGAAGGCGCAGCAUAAACUCUUGGCAGAGCUUAUUCCCAUCUUGGAACGCAUUGACUCUUCAAUUAUGCAGAACCUUUAG